AUGAAGAAAAGGUACAAAUUAUUGAAAUUGGAAGUGGAUAGGAUGUCAGACUUGCCAGAAUCUAUCAUCCACCAUAUUAUGUCAUUCCUCUCUGCUUUAGAUGCAAUCAGGAUCAGCGUCUUGUCCAAGAAAUUUUUCUGUAUUUGGAUUUCUUUCCCAAUACUAGUUUUCAAUUUUGAAUUGUUUGCAAGAAGAUUGAAUAAAUCAAGCAAGGAAGAAACAAACUUGUUCUUGAAUUUUGUUCAACAAUCUCUUCGAAUUCGAAAGCUAAACGGUGUUUGUUUGGAAAAAUUGAUCUUCAAUGCUUCCCUUCGUGGGUUUAAAUCUGAUUGCAGGGUUGAUGAGAUGUUAAACUAUGCAGAACUAAACAAAGUUAGAGAUCUGAGUAUAGUGGAUCCAAAUUUUAAGCUGUGGCAGCAUCAAAAACCAUAUUGUUUUAGAGUAGAUCAUUCAAUUUUCUCUGCCAAGUCAAUCACAAAUAUGAAUCUUCAAGGAUUUGAUUUGAAACCUCAAGAUAUUAAUUUAAAUUUUCCUUCUGUUGAGAAUUUCAGCCUCACUAAUUGUUGUGGAUUCAGAAGCAUCGAGUUGUCAGGACCAAAACUCAAAAUUGUACAAUUUGAUUCUUGCAAUGGAUUGAAAAAGAUUCAUAUUGAUGCACCAAAGAGUCUUGUAUCUUUUUCAUAUGGUGGACAAUGGAAACAGUGUGAGAUAGACCUUUCUCCUUGUAAAUCUCUCAGGGUUUUUGAAUUGAGAGAUGAAGAUAUUAGUGACAGAUGGGUUGAAUCUAACCUUACUUGGUUAAAUUACCUUGAAAAGUUGACACUAAAAGGGUGCUUUUUUCUCAACAAGAUUAACUUGUAUUUGGUGAAUCUAAAGAGUUUAGAGGUGAAUCUUUGUGAUUGUGAUGCCGAGUUUAAAGCUCCAAAUCUAGUUUCGUUUAUGUACCGGGGGUGUUUAAUGAUGAAAACUCCAUUAGUGAUUUCUAAUGAUACAUUGGAUGUUGAUCUCUCUUUUGAUAGUCAUGAUACAGAUUUAUUUCUUCAACGUAUGGGAAAUUUUAUCAGGUCCUUUAGUUAUUGCCAAACGCUGUCCCUGCAUUGUAUGUUUGAUAAGGAGUUGAUUUACGCAAAAGAAAUGAGAGAGAUGUUGGAUCCUCCAUCAUUUAACAUUAAGCAUUUGAAGAUAGAAUUGCGCUACAAAGUAGGGAGUUUGGCGGAAUUGGUUGAUGGCUUGCUUUGGCUUGUUCCUCAUCCAAACACCAUUACUAUCUCUACAAAUCAUUCCCAAGUGGUGAAGCGUAUUAAGCUGAGGGAAGUAGAUGGAUCAGUGAAGGAGCUCUUGGUGCCCAUAGAAUACCUGGUUUUCCUAGCAACCAAGUCCCUCAUCAAAUGGCCAACCCUUACACCGGAGGUUGCUUCAAGAUCAAAAGAUGCACACCGGAGAGAAAUCAAACGUCCAAAUGUUGGGAAAGUAGCACUUCUAUAUAAUUUUCGUAUAUGCAUGUUGUUCCUUGUUGGUUCUCUAUCUAUUUCUUUAGAUGUUUGUGAUUAUGCCACGUGCCACGCUAUAGAUGCCACUGCCGCAAACAUUAAAAAGGUCCCACCGAUCUUGAUCCUACUGACCGUUGACAUAAAAGUCAAAGAUAAGAUUCCUCGAGUUGACCAGCUGACCGAUGAUCCAAUGCUUGCACCUGUGGCCCGCAAAGAAGGUUGGAAAAUCUCGGAGCUACAGACAGGAGUGAUGGGUCCCAACCCGAUCGAGUAA